AUGGCCUCCAAUGUUGUAAAGUCUUGCCAGGCAUCUGAAGAGUCCCAAGCCAAUAGCUUGGACAGAACGGCACGCAUUCUGGAACAUGUCAAGCGGAGCGAGUCAUCCAUGAAACAGUUCAGGUCAUUGGACGAAGCCUUCUGGAAACAGGUCGAGUCAUCAUACUCUUCGUCAUGUGAUGUCGCUCUGUCGCCAACAGAACUAGACUUUAUCACCAGAUUAAAGGAGUCGGGCGGAAUAGAUAAGCUGAUAGAGCUUGCCGAGAACUCGUCGGCUAUCACUGGAUCAGAGCAGACCGAGGCAGCUACGGCUGACCUCAACAAUUGGGUGGACAAUCUCGCCAAAAUGUCUGCCAAUCUUGAGUCCAAUCUGAAGCAGUCCUUGGUCACUGUGCAAUCUAGCCGCAGCAGCAAUGACCGACGGGCUGACCUGCAGAAAGCCAAGAAGACCAGCCUCGAGGAGGCUAAAGCCCGGAUUGAAGCUAUGGUGGAGCAUGAAGAGUCCAAUAUCAAAAGCCGUGGCGAGAAUAUUCAAUCUGGUCUUGCGAAACUGAUCUCUGGCCAUAACGAACUUCUCAAUGAUCAGGCUUUCGAUAUGAAGAGCCUCAGUUCAGAUCUCGUCUUCGCAAACGAGCCUUAUGACAAUCUCCUAGGCAAAUUACAGGCACUUGGCUGGGAGAUGAAAGCUGACCCCCAGACGGACUCGUUAGUCAAAGCUGCACGUUACUAUUCCAGCUUAGAGGUGUUCUUGUCCGUAUCUGCAUGCAGACGUCAACUGAACUCGGCGCUUAAAGAGGCAUCUAACACAUACUCUAUCGUGAACCCUGUCGGAACAGGUAAAGCACGUGCGCUAGAAGCUGAGAUCCAGGCUAUCUUCGAAGAAAUCAGAUCACUUUGGGACGAGGUUGUUCCUGUCGCACACAUGGCUGUCGAGAAGACGCUACUCGAGCCGAUCCUCAAGACAGCCGGCGGGAAAAAGACUACACGCGAGUACCAGAAUGCUAUUAUCGGUUCUUACAUUGGCGGAUGUCUUGACUUUAUGAACGAGAGACUCCAAGCACUGGCUAACCGUGUUGGAGUUGCCGUCUAUCAUCAUAAUGCGCUCCUGACCGCCUUCGAGCACUAUCUAGCAUUGCCACAGGACAGGCCUGCAGAGGUAGUGACGAGGGGUCACUCACAAGCCCAUCACCUACAGCCAAUUGGUGGCAGUCGUGGUCAGGCGGAGGCGACCACUGCACUCAAAUACAUUCAGAAAGGCGUAGAUACUUUUGGCGGGUUCCCUUUCAAGGCAAUCGACCCCCUGACUCCGGCCUCGCAGAAAAUCACGAAGCUUACUGAGUUCGUCCAACAGCGGGCUGCCAAGGGUAGCGACUCCGAGCAGGUCUUGCACCGACUCUAUGAGUCUGCGGUCAAAGUGGGACUAGCUACCGCAUCUGAAUCCAACCUGCUAAUUCUUGAUCAUCUGCUGGCGGACAGUCUUGCCGGUCAGGGUCGGGCUGGUUCUGUCCUUGAAGACGCACAAGCGGAAGAGUCUCUAUCGGCCCUCCGCAACGAAAGCCAGGAGAUUAACUCGCUCUUCCAAAAGCUGAACCUGACGGGCGCAGAGGCAAUCACUGACGAUAUGCGUCCAUUAUUCAGGGGUCACAUGAAGUCUUUCGAGGAUCACCGGCAGGGACAAACGGCUGGCCACUUUUCGAAAUCUGAUGCCUUCCAUGCUAAGGGUAAAAGGGCCUCUUCUUGUGAGCUAUUGCAGCGCAAUGCCAAGGUUGUGGAAAUUAUUCAGCGAUGGAGUGAGCUUCCAGAAUUCAAGCGCAUAUCACGAUGA